AUGCAACUAAGCAAGGAAAUCACAACCCAGGCGGCCUCCGCGCCGUCCACUACAGAGCUAGAGCUCAAGAACGAUGCAGGAGAGCGAUACCUCAUUCAGAUUUCUUGGCCACUGGCAUGGGAAGCCGAUCCGAUCAACAACAAGCCCUCAGUUCCGGUCUUCUAUGUCCUCGAUGGCAACGCUCACUUCUGGACGGCCGUUGAGACAGUACGACGAGGUCUAGCUGCGCCACAGAGCAAGGAUGCAGUAGUCAUUGGUAUAGGCUACCCAGACUGUGGGCAUUACGUGUUCGGCAAUCCACGGUCUUACGAUCUCACACCUCCAACCGAGACCUACAGUCCGCCCCGCAGCUGGGAUGGCACGGUCUUCAACGCUCCCCACGGCGGUGCUGAUAAUUUCUUACGCUUCAUUGAAGGUCCGGUCCGACGACAUGUGCUUCAGGUCGUCCUCGGUGGGCACAAGCCCGAACGUGAGGUACUGGUUGGCCAUUCGUAUGGCGGACUCUGCACCUUGUAUUCUAUGUUCUCAGGAAGUGCCCUUUUUGACACAUACAUUGCAUUGAGUCCAUCGAUCUUCUGGAACGACAACUACCUUGUCUCGGAGGCAGAGCGGUUCCUUGACGACCGCAACUCCAGGAAGCCACUCAGUCUGUACCUCUCAUAUGGCUACUACGAGCAGUACAUACGGCGGCGUAAAGCGUGGUCGGAGGAAGAAUACGCUCUGAGGGCAGCUCAUGCAUUGGGCUGGCGUACGAAUGACUUGGUUGAAGAAAUGGCGGCUCGACUGCGUGCUUCCGACAAGCUCAAACUGGUGAAGUGCAAAGCAUACGCUGAUGAAGACCACGGCAGUGUGGCAGGCUGCGCCAUAGGUUGGGCUAUGCUGGACGUGCUGGACCCGGACCGCUUUGCAUAG